AUGCAGGAUGCACGCAUGCGACCCCGCCGGAGGAGUGUCCAUUUCCCCGUCGAAGAGCCCGUCUGGGAUGAUAAGGGCUCCGAGUACGGUGGUGACGACUAUGCGGCUCCGAUCCCAGACGUUGGAGGCCGCCGAAGGGAGCAGUCGCCGACUCCGCGACGCUAUGCCGCGGAUACGAGGGCCUCACCUGCACCGCAGUCUCCCGGAGCGACUCCGGGUUCAAUCGGCCGGAAGUCUCGCGUCUCCGAGUUCGAGUACCUGUUGAGCCAGGGCAAUUGGAAGAACCUCGCUCUCGUUGUCGGCACCGACAUGGCGCAGUCCCUCCGCCAGCUGCUGAGCCAGAUCCAGCGCCCGAAGCAGCAGAUCCACUUCAUGAAGGACCAUCUAGUGGAGGGCGAGCGACCCAACUCGCGCGAGCAGACCCUGAACCAGGUGCUGGCCAUCAUGCUGGAGCGCCAGUCCACGACCGAGGGUAUAAUCAUGACGCUGUGUGACGUGCUCGCUGGUGUCUUCGCCAAAGUGGCCGAGCUGAGUGAGGAUUACCGGGCUCACAGCCAAAGCCGCAGUCGUAGCCGGAGCGUGGCCAGUCGCGGUGGACGCCGGAGUGCCACAGUGAGCCAGCCGCCCAGUCGCGCUCGCUCCCCGGCGACAGGUUACUACGCAUCUGUUGAGGAGGAUAAUGUGCCGGUUGUGGCUGGGUCGUCGGGCGAUGGCAUUGAUGCCUUCCUGGAUCAAUUCGUGGACAGGCGUUGA